UGGCCAUGGUGCACCGCUGGGUCUGCAAGCCGUUCGCAGAGCUCUCAGCCUCGCAGCUCUACGACAUGCUGGCCGUGCGCUGCGAGGUCUUUAUCGUCGAGCAAAAGUGCGCCUACUUGGACGCGGACAACGUCGACAAGCUCCCGACCGUCUACCACUUGGCCGCGCUGACCGACGACGGCGCCGUCAUGGCCUACGCCCGCCUCCUCGGCCCUGGCACAAAGGGUGCGUCGCAGCAGCUGCCCAUGAUUGGGCGUGUUCUCACGUCGCCCAAGCACCGCGGUGGCGGUCUUGGGAAGCAGCUCAUGCAGGAAGCGAUCGCCGAGUGCUCGCGGCGAUGGCCGGACAAAGGCAUUGAGAUUAGCGCUCAAGUGUACCUCGAAGCCUUUUACAAGUCGCUCGGCUUUGCGGUCACGUCCGAACCGUACGACGACGAUGGCAUCAUGCACAUGGACAUGAUCCGUCCGCCGUCGCACUAGCUGCUUCGAGACAUGUAGCAGUCGUAAAUGCAUUCCAUGUACGUUUACAGCACACGAGUUGACGUCCAUGAACCUCUGUUGCU